AUGAAAUGUGGCGUGUUUUUCUAUAAAUCCUUAAUAUUCUUACAUGCAUUUGUUGCUGUUGGUGAAUUUAUUUGUGUUUUAACGCUGCUUAUUCUUUUUGUGAUAGCUGAAGCUAACAAUUCAUCAUUGGAUCCGGAUACAGUUUCUAAGUCAGAUGUGAAUCUUGUUUUUAUUGGACUUGGUAUAGGUUGGUUAGGAGCUAUAGUGCCAACUUUUAUAGGUUUUAUUAUUCUUAUUUUACUGCAAGGAUUAUUGUGUUGUUGUAUAUGUUUUAUUAUAUUCAUAAAACCAAAUAGUUGUGGACGUAUAUUCUGUGCAAAAUCUAUUCAAAGAUUAAUAACAUUGGAAUGUAAUUGUCCAUGUUAUAUUGCAAGACCAAAAUUACGUUUUAUUAAUAGAUUUAUAUUUUUAUUUAUGUGUCUUUUAUUACGUCUUACAUCUAUCAUUAUAUAUAUGUAUGUUUCAAAAACAGUACCACUGAUGAAGCAACUUGCAAUUUUAACUGCUAUAUCAAUAAUAUUUUUAAUAUGUACAUUUUUCUUAGAUUUUUAUCAUUAUUGGAUAUGGUGGCAUUAUUAUCCAUCAUGUGAUAUACAGAGUCGAAGAACAUUAUCAAGAAAACAUAAACGUUAUUUACCAUAUCAUUUAUUAGGUGAUUAUCGAACAAUGAAAAGAGGUGAUUAUCCAUGUAAAAAUGUUCAACAUUGUCAAAAUCGUCAAUUAGAACAUAUAAUGAUAUUUCAUUCAAAAGAUUAUUUUCCACAACCACGUUGGUCAGAAAUAAAAAAUCAAUGUAAUGGUAUUUAUAUAGGUUUUCAUCGUACAACAUUUCAGGCAGCUGUAGCCAUAGCACAUAGUGAUUUUAGAGGAAGUGAAGCAACCGCAAACAAAUCACAAAUGCUUGGUUUUGGUGUAUAUUUUGCUAGAUCAAUUAAAGAUACAAUAGGUAAAGCACGAUUCCACGGAGCAAUUAUAUGUGCCAAAAUUAGAAUGG